AUGGCCACCACAGCACCAGCAUCAUCGACGGCCUCGGACCUGCCCAAGGCUCCCGCCGCCGCCAGCAAGGCCGCCCUUGACACCGCCGUGGCCGACAACACCAACGGCAGCGCCGACACCAACGCCGACAGCACUACCGACGACUACCGAACCGUCUUCCAGGACCCGACGAACUUCAACGUCAAGCACCCCCUCUACAACUCCUGGACGCUAUGGUUCGACAACCCGAGCCAGAAGGGCAUGGCCUCCGCGCGAGGCUCCAAGGACAGCUGGGGAGACGACAUGAAUAAGGUCGUCGACUUUGACUCGGUCGAGGAGUUCUGGGGCCUGUACAACAACGUCGUCCCGCCCUCGGAGCUGCCGCAGAAGGCCAACUACUAUCUCUUCAAGGACGGCGUCAAGCCAGCGUGGGAGGACCCGGCCAACACCAACGGCGGCAAAUGGAGCAUCCAGCUGCCAAGAGACAAGACCCGCGCCAACAUUGACCGACUCUGGCUGUACACGAUGCUCGCUGCCAUUGGAGAGACGCUGGAGGCACCCUACCCGUCGGGCGUCCCGCCGCCAUCGUCGUCGCCGCAGGACGAGCUCAUCACCGGUGUCAUCAUGUCCGCGCGAGCGAACUUCUACCGCAUCUCGAUCUGGACUCGCAGGGCCGACGAGGACGAUGAAGUGAUGGCGAGGUUGCUCGACAUCGGAAAGCAUUUCAAGACCAGCAUCCUUGGCUACGACCUCGACGCCAAGGUCGGAGGCGGCCUCACCAGCGAUGUCGAGUUCCAGAGCCACAAGGAGAGCGAGAAGAAGAAGGGCAAGAAGACGAUCGUCUAG